GCGGAUAUGACAUUUUCUUUAUCAGACACACCAUUUGAAUAGUUUCUGUUUCUCAGGAAUAGCAUGAAGAUGCGGGGCGAUCAACACCGGCGGUUUGUCUUCUACAUUGCUCUGAGCUGUGUGACUGGUGCAGCAGCGGUGGUCCAAGUGUCUGGAUAUGAGGGGAGAGAUGUUAAAGUUUCCUGCUCCUAUGGAAAGGGUUAUGAGUCUUAUGAGAAAUACCUGUGCAGGGAUGACUGUGGCGACAGUGAUGUUCUUAUUGAGACUACACAAGCAAAGAAGAACAAAUACUCCAUCUACGAUGACAAAAACAAACAUGUCUUCACAACGACCAUCUCUGACCUGAGUUUGACGGAUGCUGGGAAAUACUGGUGUGGCGUGACCAGGAAUUUAAAGGAUAUCUACACUGAAGUAAAACUGGAAGUGGUGCCAGACAGCUGCUGUGAUCAUCCCACCAAAAUGAAACGUUAUGAGGAAGAUUCAGUGUCCAUCGUUUUGUCAUAUGAGUCUGAGUGCCGGAACAACCUGAAGUACAUCUGCAGAGGAAACCAGCCCUCCACGUGUCUGCAGCAGGCCUUAACCACCUCUGACAGCAAACAAAACGGACAGUUCACACUUACUGAUGACAAGGUGUCCAGAAAGAUCAUAGUCACUAUUACAAGUUUGACCCGAAAGGAUUCUGGUUCGUACCUUAUUGGCUGCCAUAGAAACAUAGGCCUCGAUAUUUUCACUGCUGUUGAACUGGAAGUCAAAGAGUGGUGCUGUGUGAAGUCAAACAGCCUGAGUGGCACUGCGGGACGUCCACUAACUAUGCAGUGUCCCUAUCCACCACAACACGGGACAAACAGCAAGUUCUUCUGUAAGGGAGACCACCGCAACAACUGUACAGACAUGGUGAUGAGUCAGAACUCAGGCCAGACUGGCGUCAGGUUCACACUGCAAGAUGAUGUUUCCUCCAACUCUUUCUUGGUGACGAUCUCGGAGCUGAAAGCAAGGGAUGCUGGUACCUACUGGUGUGGUUCAGACUCACAGUGGAGAGCUGCAAACUACACCAAGAUUCAGCUGUCAGUGGUCUUUCCGGCCAGCACUGUUACCUCUGCCAUCACUAUGGAAACCGUCAGAUCACAAUCAACACAUAUUCCUGUCAAACCUAUCAAAGACGCUUCACUUUUUUAUUCUGUGGUUUUCAUUGUGCCCACUGUGCUGCUGCUUAUGCUGACGUUUGCGCUGGUCAUAGUUUAUAAAUACAAGUGUUACAAAGUUCAAGGAGUGGGAGUCAACAUGAACAGAAAUAUAAUCAAGGCAGGGGACGCAGAGGAAGCGAUGGGUGAAGCAGAUAUCUAUUCAAAUCAGGAAGUUAUAGCGCACUCAAAGCAGGGGAUCUCCCAGCAGAGCACCUGUCACCAAUAUGAUGAUACAAGUGGAGACCAACAAGUGUACCAAAACUUCUCCAUAACAGAAGACGUCUACUGUAAUCAAAUUUACAUUAACAGCGCUAAAAGAUAAGAGAGAACCUUGCAUGGUUGUGUCACAUUUCUACCCAAUGAACUGUUUAUGCUAUCUUUAACAUUAACAGCUGACCAACACGUACCACCGCGGUCUAACAUGUCACUAUCUGACUGAAAACUUUGCUGGUCUUUGUGUUAAUCUGUCCAGAUUUGUUUUAUAAUCACCAUCAGAUAUAUUCACCACUUGCAUAUUCAUUGCUUUAACUUUGAUUUUACACUUUUUCUUUCACCUUUGAUUACCUUUUGUUAAUAUAACAAACAAUUUAACACUCCUGCACUCCUUGUAAGAAACUGAGACUGGCCAUUUCAGCUAAAUACCCCAAAUAUGCAGUACGUUACCUACAUGUAUAUAUCUACCUGUAGUAACAGUGAAUAAAUAAGCGAAAACCAGGACACGCACGUCUUUACAAAGCAUAGUCAUCAUUGAAACAAUUCAUAGUUAUUGUUUUUUUUACACUAUAUAAAUAGGAUAUAAAAACAAUAUUACCACAUUGCUAGUGACUGUCAGUUAGAGACUUUUUAUGGUUUGAAAUAAAGUGUUGGAAAGUAACAAAGUACAUUUACUCAAGUACUCUGAAGUAGUUGUGUAUAUGUAGUGCUUGUACUUAUACUCAAGUUUAGUACAUGUACUUAACUUGGGUGUUUCCAUUUUAUAAUACUUUAUACUUCUACCUCACUACAUGUCAGAGGGAAAUAUAGUACGUACAUUUACUUUUUUUUUUUUUUUUACAUAUGAUAGAGUAGAUUUAUAAAACACAGUGCAUUGUUAACCAUUUGGCCCGAGACUGCCUUACAAAUUAACAGCAUCUAGUUGGGAUUCCUCGUCACAUUUUAGACAUUUCCCCUCAGAUGGUUUUAUUUAAAUAACAACUCAAGGCACAAAGAGGUCAAAUGAUCCAAUAUUCUACAAAAAAAAGCGAAGAAUAGACAAAAAUGGUCAAAACAUGCAUAUAAAUUUGUGUAUCAGACCUUCUUUUUUCUUCUUUCCUCUCUCAUUAAUCAUCUCAUGAUCCCACUGAUUUUAUUUGAAGACCCUCAGGAAAAGCUUCACCCAUAGGGUGGGAACCACUGGACUAAAUUACCCAACAGCAUAUAAAGCAGUUAAAACUAGCUACAGCUACAAUAGUAGAAUGCAGCUGUUAACAAUCUAAUAAUGUCAUAUAUAAUAAGAUAUCAGCUAUAGAGGUACUUUUACACCUCUCUAGCUAACAUUUACAUGGAUUCAUUUAAUUAUUUAUGCUUUUGACCAAAGCAACCCUUGAAAAAAGUAGGUCUUCAAGCCUUUGAACACAGAGGUGGUUUCUGCUGACCACACUGAAUGAGGAAACUCACUCCACCACUGAGCGACUACACAGGAGCAGAGUUUAGAUUGCACUUUCCUGUCUCGCAGGAGUGGUAGGACUAAUCGUUGUUGAUUUGAAAAUCAAAGUAAUACUAACAGUUUUAGUAUUAUUUCUGUACAUUUACUUAAGUAAGAUUUUGGAUACUGUGCUUGUAAAUACUUUUACACUGUUGUACUGGUACUUUCACUCAAGUAAAGGAU